CAAUACGAAAGCAACGGCUCCUACUUCGUACACACUUUAUUGCCUCAAGAUUUCGCAACCAAAUCACGACUUCCAAGUGAAUAAACAGCAUUACCUUCUAUUUGGAAUAACACUGCGCCUCAUCUAAUUCCGAGACCUUCACGUCUUCACACUCGUCCAGCUCUCAUCAUCAUGGCACGAACGAGGCGAUCGCGUCCCGCGCCGUCCCGCGAACCAGCUGCCGUGAACGAUUCCGAGCUGGGACAACUUCCGACAAGUGGCAGUGCCGGCAACAUCAGAGACCGCCAGAACCUCAAUCAGACUCAACGGCAGAGUCGUCGAACGAGAACAGCCAAUACGGCCUCUACCCCUUUGGACGCGAAUCACGGGGACGCACUCGAGGUCACCGGUGCCGUCCGUGAUGUGGCUAUGCGGAGGCUGGCCGCGGAAGACGGACCGACUUCCUCUUCCACCAACGCGGCACGCGAUUCAGACGAAGGCAUGGACGUGUCAGUCGAGGUCGGAAGGAAAGCGCAUGCGACACCUGCUCAGCACCGCAGAGACACGACUGGGUUGGACCUCGACGACAGUUUGUUUGGUUCUCUCGACAACAGUUUCGAGCAUGACGACGAUGCUGCUGCUCCCCCAAGCGGUCAGCGAUCCACAGACACGUCGACUAUGAACACUAGUGUGUUCAGGCGUCGGGGUCGCGCACCGAGCAUUAGCUUGCAGGGCAACGAGGCUCCUAUCCGACCGAGCAGUCGCGGCCAGGCCACCCCUGCCAUCAGCUCGUCCUUCAACAUCGGCAUGUUCAAGCGAAGAGCGAGGGAGCCGAGCAUCUUGGGCACUGCACAGAAGGAGCGUGCAGAGAGAGCCAUCGAGAUUUCAUCCGCGUCCAGUUCCGAAGACGAAGACGAAGACGAAGAAGACUUCGCGCCAGAGGCCGAAUCAACGCCGCUCAACCGCCGAAAGACGUUGCAGCGAUCCUCUCCGACCGGUCGUCUCCAAGAAACAGAAGCGUCGUCUCCUGACCGUGACUCGCGCAAGAGGAAAAGCAUAGAGGGUCAUGAUAUGAGCAGUCGCCCGGACAAGGUUGCACGAACGAGUGGACCUGAUUUAGACGGGGCUCGCCACGACGCAGCUUCCGAUGCGGCUUCCGACGCGGCUACCGAGGCAGCUCUCGAGGCAGCUCUCGAGGCAGCUGACAGCGAUGAUGAUUCAAAUCUAUCUUCUUUGCCGUCUCUACCCUCGCCGGAGCUCCCACCCUUGCAGAUGCACCGUCCGUCCACUCCCAUUGACCAGGAGGCCAUCAUGGCACCUCCGGAGAGCAGCGGAUCCGAGGAAGAGGAAGAGGACAACGCGUGGCCCGAUAUCCGCGAACUAGCUAAGAGAAGACGUCAUCACCCGCCUGUUACUCCCCUUCGCGACGGGCAUGUCUCGGACAUAUCCUCUCCGCCGUCCCUGACUCACUCUCCUAACAACCGCGUCACGAGGGGCCGGCAACAGGAGAAGAAGAAGAAGAAGAAACAGACACGCCAAAGCUCCCCUCACGUAACGACUGCCGUCCUCACCGACCUGCUCCCCCGACGGCGCCAUGAGAAGAACCGCGACGAGCAUGACGACUCCGAAUCCGAACUCGACGUCUCCAGCCUCGGCAACGACGACGACGAGCUCACGUAUCUCGACGCCAGGGCAACCCGACGGCGUGGGAGGACGACCCCUCACAAUCGAGGCGCUCCGUCAAAUGCACACAGCGCCGGCACAUCCAAACCGGGCCGUCCGCGUCGGACCUACCAGCGGCGGUUUUCGGACAAGGAGAACGGAGGCGGCGAGGAGGGAGCGAGCAGUCUGACGCCGGCUCCCGAUGACACGUUUGAUACCGCCCAGAGCAGCGAUCCCAGAAAUUCCGUCGAGAUCAAGAACGCUAUCAAGAAGUUUAAGGAAGUCGACAAGUGGGAGCUUGCUUUUGAGGAGAUGACGCAGAGUUCUUCCUCCACGACGGGCCGGUGAUACAUGGUGGUCAUGAUGUGCAGUGACGAGUGAUCAUGGUGACAAAAAUGGGUGUCCCGGCGGGGUACGGAGAGACGGCGUUGACGGCGUUUUGAAAUCCGGAUCAUAAGGGGGGGGGGAAUGGAGGGACAGUGAAUUGCGAUUGAUGGCUUCAAGGAAGAGCUCCGUUGGAGUUGGUUGGUUGGGAUGCGCAUUUGGCUUAGCUGGGUCUUGGUUCUUUUCGUCUCAAGCGAUCCUCUCCUCAGUUGGUAGGCGAUCUUUCAGUUGCCCUUCCGACGAGUAUCUACGCUUCUCUCCGAUCAAGGCAUAAGCAAGCAUGGUUUCUAAUG